AUGGAAUUUCUUGGAACCACUCAGACAGCCAGCUACUGCAGCCCAAAGAAAGCAUGUGGCCCGGGCUCGCUGCCCCCUGCCAUGCAGCAAGAGUGCUACCAGCCCUAUCACCUACCCGGGUAUCGCUACCUCAACUCCUGGAGACCCGGCGUCUUCUACAAGAUCUCCACCACCCAGCUGUGCCCCGAGGAGUGCCGCCCGGCCCUGCGACCCUCGUCCAUGCUGCCCUCGCUGCGGUCCUCCCUCUUCUGCCGCUACAGCACCCACGAUUGGGAGCAGUCCAACGACCUGCAGAUCCGCGGGGCCGAGGCCUCCAAUCUGUGGGCCAGCCGGAUGACCAACGACUCGCUGCGGCUCAUGCAGGACAAGGAGCAGCUCACACGCCAGAUGCAGGAGGGGUCCACCCGGAACCUGAGCCAGAGGCUGUCGGACAUCGGCUUCUGGAAAUCCGAGUUAUGUUACGAGCUUGACAGGCUCCUAGUGGAGAGCCGGAGCAUGGAUAAUAUCAAGAGGCGGCUGGAGUGUGCAGCUGAGCAAGUGAACUCUCCGCUGCAGGUGGCGCUCGAGUGCCUGUACUUUCGGGAGAAGAGGGUCGGGAUUGACUUGGUCCAUGACAACGUGGAGAAAAACCUUAUCCGGGAAGUCGAUUUGCUAAGAUGUUCUCAAGAUCAGAUGCGAAAUUUAGCUCAAAGAGUCAAUGUUCAGAUUCGGGAUAACCGGGACACACAGCACUCCCUGGAGAAGGACAUCGAGGACAAGAGCUCAGCCGAAUACAUAGACGAGAAGUGCUACAACCUGAGAAACACAUCCGAGUCCAUCAGCUUCUUCCACGGCAUGGAGAAAAUGGAUGGCUCGGUCUCAGUGCCGGAGUCCUGGUCCAGGUUCAGCAACAACAACAUCAGACACUCUCAGAACAUGCGGGCCAACUCCAUUCGGCUGCGCGAGGAGGCCGAGCACCUGUUCGAGAGUCUGUCGGACCAGAUGUGGAAGCAGUUCACCGACACCAACCUCGCCUUCAGCAGCCGCAUCUCCGAGGAGACGGACAUGAAGAACAAACUGCAGACCCAGCUGGCGAAGACGCUGCAGGAGAUCUUCCAGACGGAGAACACCAUCAUGCUGCUGGAGAGAGCCAUCAUGGCGAAGGAGUACCCGCUGAAGGUGGCCCAGACCAGGCUGGACUGCCGGACCCGGCGACCCAAUGUGGAGCUGUGCAGGGACAUGGCGCAGUUUAAGCUCACCAACGAGGUGUUCACCAUCGACGACACCCUGCAGACCCUGCGGCUGCGGCUGCGCGAGGCGCAGGACGCUAUGCAGCUGCUGUCCAUGACCAAGUCCCGGCUGGAGCACGAGCUGGCCAUCAAGGCCAACACGCUGUGCAUCGACAAGGAGAAGUGCAUGAGCAUGCGCAAGACCUUCCCCAGCACGCCGCGCCUGGUGGGCUACACCUGCCCCGCCCUCUGCUCGGGAACCAUCGUCCCCUGCGGCGUCGGCCCGGCCGCCGGCGGCGCAGGCCCCGCCCCCUACGGCGCCGGCUCCGCCCCCUAUCGCUCGGGCUCCACCCCCUGCGCCUGCCGCGGCCCGGGCGCCUGCGCCUCGCGGGUCUGCUGA